AGGAUCAUGGAUAUGUACCGAGCUAGCUGUGUGUCAGAGUGCGUAAGCCUGGACAGUGACACACGAUCGUAACGGUGAAACUGUGACUUUCUUUUCCAGCUAGAGAGUAGAGUAGAGAGUGGAGUGUUGACUGUUGAUAAUGAGACUGUAGUAGGAACUGCGUUCUUCGUGUAGAUCCAUGAUCCUCUGGUUGUGGAGCGAAGAAAGAAGCAAAGGCGAAACCAGAACAGGAGUCAACUGGCUCCGGAGCAUCAUUACACGACGGCCAGUAGCACAGGCACCGUUUGAUCGUUGUACCGGUACCGGCGUCGGUAGCUGACUGGCGUCGGAAAGUUUUAGAUCGCUUCGGACUCGUUUCCAUCCCUGCUGCUUCCUGCCACCUUCCGAACAUUGCUAGUUGUAGCUCGUUCACACGUAGGAUUGAAGGUACUACCACUGGGUAAUCAAUCAUGGAUGUAGGAGACGUGCUGUCCGUGGAGAGAGACUGCCAGGAUUGGAUUGAGGCGAUGACUGGAUGCUACUUCGAGAAAGAGAGCUUCAGGGAAUCUCUGCAAGACGGCGUAUUGCUGUGCAAGCUGCUGAAUGCAAUAAAACGGGGAGCGGUCACAAAGAUCAACACACGCCAAGGCACUUUCGCCAAUAUCGAAAAUCUCAAUGCCUUCAUUGCGGCCUGCAAAUCACUGGGGAUUCCCCCUACGGCUCUCUUUGCACCCAGUGAUAUCCAGGCACCACCUGCGACAUCCGUGUCACUGAGAAGACGCCAGUCACACCUUGAAGCACAGCGUCGAGAGGAUGACAAGCGUGUGCGCAACGUUCUCGUCACUUUGUACUGGCUCAAUCAGAAGGCAAUGGCCAUGCCAGGAUACAAUGGACCGCAGCUAGCCACAGAGAACUACUAUCAGCUGAUGAAGGAUCCCUGGGCAUCACCAGCCAAGUCCGCUACACUCGGUCGCAUACAGAAGCCACCUCCGUCUGGAGUUGUGACCGACUCGCUGGAUUCGAACGAGGUGACCGGCCUGCGCCGAGCGACAUUGCCGAGAGCCGCGUCGCCAUCUUUCUACGGCCAGUCAUCGUCUCGCUCGCCUGUCUCCGACCGCUCAAGGUCCCCUCUAAGCAGUACGUCCAGCCAUGCCACCGCUCACUCUUACUCAUCACGUGCCAGUACCAGUAGCAUUGAUGGUAGCGUGCGUGGAUCGUCGCCGGCUGAUUCAAUCGCAUCACCCACGUCAUCAGCGAGUGCUCCAAUUAGCCGACCCAUCAGGCAAUCCCCGUCACCAGAUUCGGCACCUUCUACCCACCGCUUAUCCACGGGCGGCACUAUCAUGUUCUCGCCUCGGCAACGGGCACUACAGGCUGUCUUUGACCUGACUGAGGACCCACUGGAUUCCGUAUCCGUUGAAAUGCCGCCAUCUGCACAGCAGAGCGGCGGCAAGCGUUCUGUCAGCAUCACCUCUGCAUCAUGGCAGAAGGAGCCGCAGUGCACAGUGUCAGAGCGACCCUACACCAUGAGCAUACCUCCAACUACACCACAGGUAACCGAUGGUGGAAAACUGGCCUCGGCGGAUACAACACUUUCCACCGAGCCCUCUGCGGGCAGGGCACGGAGUGACAGUGGUAUUGCUUUCCUUACAUCUCCGGUGGUGACGAUGACUAUCACUGGCUCUGCUGUCAGCGAUUCCGAUAGCAAUGAUGAUGCUCCGCGAAGGCUUGAGAACGUAUCAUCGUCUCGAAGCCAGCCAAGGAGCACUGCAAGCCCGCUGGCAAACGGUCAGCCGGCGGGCCGCUAUAGCAAGAUAUCUGAACAGCCCGCAACCGCAUCGAUGCCAUCCAUGCCGCUACAACAACCGAAGCAUGUCGAUCUCUAUCCCACACCGUCGCCUGAUACAAGCCAAUCUCCCUCGCCCGAUCUCUUCGUGCCCCCGUCCACCAAAGCAGCUCAGCAGAAGCCACCACCAGCUUCACAGUCACACAGCCGCUGGACCAAGGAACAACCUGCGUCAGUACAAAUGCCCAAACCAGCGUGGCAAACCUCCAAGCAGCCGCACUUCACACCAGCUUCUGCAGUGCACACGCAGGACCUGCAAAGCACGAGGCCGACCGCUCAAACGACGACCUCAUCCUAUAGCAGUGGAGGAACGGCUGCAUCGACAUUGCCGCGUUCGUUUGGUGCCAACUCAGCUAGUGGCGCUAGCAGCAAAGCUAUCACACAGGAUGAUUCAAGGGUGAACUCAGGGCCGCCUCCACCGCCGAAGCGAGACACCGCUGCUGACACGAUGCGUAGCCAGAUCAUUGCAAGCCACAGUCAAGCUUCACGAUUCACGCCAUCACCGCCAGCUGCCCGUGCUGCACCUGCUUAUGAUACUAUGGCACAGCCAGUUCCCGAGCCGAGCAAGGUGACAACAGACAACCGAACCGAUGAGGACAUCAUUGCCACCCUGCAGUCGGAGAUCAUGGCAGACCUGGAGAACUUUGCACCGCCAUCUCGCGCCGAUCCGCCAAGUCCAGCAUCUCAGAUAGACGGUGCUGGUCCGACACCAAAGGAUGUACCAUUGCAAGUUGAUACGGAAUACCUCCGAGAAACAUCAGAGCCCAUUUCAGACGAAGUGGUGCUGCCGGCCAUCACAGCUCAAGCAACUACAGUAUCAGCGCCCAUAGUUCAAGCAGCUGCAGUACCAGCGCCAACAGUUCAAGAAGCCCUGAAGCCGAAAGCCGUGGUGAGCGUGCGUAAGUCCAGCUUGAGCAAGUCCUUCAGCUUUGGCAGUGGCGGCGACACGCAGCGACUGAUUGCCGAAGAGCAGAAGUGGCGAGCCAGCAGGCGUCGCUCCGAGCUGGCCAAACAGGUUGACAUGCUACUAGACGACCAGUUCCUGUUGAAGAAUGUGUCUCAGCCGCUCUCUUCCUCGGGCAGCAGCCGUGACGGAUCGGAAGCCUUCCUGGAUGCUGCGGCCAGCGAUGCCCGACUGCAAGAGCAGCAACAGUUGAAAUUGCUACAGGGAAAGGCAAAGCACUCCCCCUCUGCUUUAUCAGCAACUGCACCCGCUACCCAGCGUCCAGCAUCUGCAAUGGGCUACCUACAUGAUGAUUACACGGCAUCCAGCAAUGGCGGAGGCAGUGGUCGCAUGGAACAGGAUGCCACACCCGCGCCGCCUGGCCAGCUACGUUCCUCUCGUCUUGCCAGUCCAGCAUCACCGCUCGACCUGGCCACCAGCAUUGACGAGGACAGGUCGGAGAUGGAGCGGCUGCUUUCCUUGGCCGAGCAGGAGCGCUCUCAGCAGCUCCAGGCAGCAGAGGAACAUCGGCGCAUGUCUAUGGAUCAGAGAGAGGAGAUGACCAAGAAGAAGCGAGAGAAGGUGCUCCGCAACCUUGUCAAAGACCGGAAGAUGCGCGAAGAGAAGGACAGGGAGAAGCGAUGGGAGAAGCUCGAGGCAGAAAGACAACGGCAGCUGGAGGAAGAGGAGGAAGAGGAGGCCAGACAGCUUAGUGGAGAGAUUGCCAUCAUCCGUGGAAGUCAAGAAGAUGUGGGAACAUCUGCUACGGAUGGUGGCGAUGAAGGGGAGACAGAGGAUGGUACUGAUGAUGGUGGUAGUGGCGGUGAAGAUCGUAAUGCCGUAGAGGAGAUUGAUGACGAGCCAAUCUGGGGUGACUUACCCGCCAGGUCAGAGCCAAGCAGCGAGAUCGACACAGCAGCACCUGAAGAUUAUAGUGCUGAACCUGACAACACACGGGAGGACUCUCAAGCUGAUCACGCAAUAGAAGAGAAUAGGACCACCUCGCAUGAUUGUGUUUCUACCACUGAAGACAACGACCAAGGUACUAAUGAUGAUGAUUCGGCUGUGACCCAUGGCGACUGUCCCAUUGAGAAUGCUAUGAUAACACCGCGGGAAGAUACCAAGAACAAUGGCCGUUCAGGUGUAGUCGGUGAUGUGUCCAUUUCCAGCAUCCUAGAUCCUCUGGCCAGUGCCAUAGAAAGCAUAGCACAGGGUCAGACUGAAAAGCGGCGCAGCAUCACACGCCUGUCAGCGUCCAGCUUCACACGAAGCCCGCUGCGAUCGCCACAUGUCAGCGGAACAGCCCUCAACAAGGAGUCCCCGCCACCAGCAAAGCCUCCGCGUCCGCCAGUUAUCGUCGAGGUAGACCCAGCUCGGCGGAUUUCCUCUGCUAGAACAUCAAGUACGACAAGCCAUGCGUCUGUAUCAUCCACCGAAAUGACCGACUCGGCUGUGGGAUCGCCUUCAAGUAGCCUCAAUAUAUCAAAUGAAGCCGGUAGCGCGGACAUGUCAAGGUAUUUCGGCAGUGCGCUCAAGGAUUUCUGUGGAGAUGAGGAUGAUGAGGAUGAUGAGGAUGCAGAGUUGGUGAAUGAACCUGUCGACCAAGGUAUGGCAGGUGUCUUCACUGAGGUGUAGCUGCCGCCCUACUGAUGCUAGCCAAAUCUGCGGUCAGCCUGCUGCUUUGCUGGUCAGUGAGCUAUGCACGGAAAAACUGUGUUCUGGCACUUAGCGACCGCACUUGAGUUGAUCGCAACUUGUUAUUCCAUUGUUCUCCUUCUUUCGGUGUAAUGGAGUGGGGCUAUGGAAGUGCCGGUUAGGUUUUGCUGGAGAGAUUUGAGUCAUUUUCCACCGACCACACUACAACUACACUGCCCAUUAGCUGCAGUUCACAGAGAGAAUAUUUUUUAUCAGCACCUGGUGGAUUUUCGCAGCAUAUUUCACCAGUAUAGCUUUUGACCAUUGACAUAUUGUUCACUCAGAAUUACGUCAUUAUAAUUAUCUCUAUUUGUUUGUGCAUGUACAUGUAGAUCCACUAGGCACUAUUAGCUUUGGCCCCGGAUUAGAUGUUGAUGCUGCAUUUAUGCAUGUUAAAAUUGUUUGUGAUUAUUUUUUUUGAAGCUAUCCUCAUGUAAAGAUAGUCCAGAGUCUCCGGCAUUCUCUGCCUAGAUGGAGGCGUCGCAGCACGUUGCCAGUCGAGUCGCUUGAUGACUGCAGUUUGGCAUGCUGUGGGUUGCUCGGACAAUGCUUAGGACGGCAGUGCUCAUUCAUACCUGGCCUGUUUGAGUAGAGGACUUUGUUAUUGCUCUGGUUUGCACUCCAGUCCUGGUUACACCUUUUACUGCUCACAUUCAUGUAGUGACUUGAUAUCU